AUGGCUACGGAGACGGAGGUCACCAAGGUCUCCUGCCUCGGCAAGGAGUCCAUCCACUGCGGUUUCCAUCUUAUUCCCUACAUCGCCGACACGGUCUUGACGACUCUGCCCGCCUCCACCUAUGUACUCAUCACCGACACGAACAUCGCCCGCCUGCACCUUAACGCCUUCCAAUCCGAGUUCGACGCCGCCAUCACAAGGCUAGAGUCCAAAUCACGCUUCCUGACGCACAUCAUUCCUCCUGGCGAGACGUCCAAGAGCCGUCAAGGCAAGGCUGAAAUCGAGGACUACCUGCUCGCCAACCACUGUACUCGAGACACCGUCAUCCUCGCACUCGGCGGCGGUGUUAUUGGCGAUCUCACGGGCUUCGUCGCAGCCACAUUCAUGCGCGGAGUUCGCUUUGUGCAGAUCCCAACAACGCUUCUCGCCAUGGUCGACUCUUCCGUCGGCGGCAAGACUGCGAUUGACACCCCGAACGGCAAGAACCUGAUUGGCGCCUUCUGGCAACCCGAAUACGUCUUCAUUGACGCCGCUUUCCUCGAGACUCUGCCAGUGCGCGAGUUCUCAAACGGUAUGGCCGAGGUCGUCAAGACUGCCGCAAUCUGGAAAGCCGACGACUUCGCCAUGCUCGAGGCUCGGGCAACAGAGAUCUUCGCCGCUAUCCAGACACCAUCCAAGAACUACGCCGGCCGCACUCUCGCAACACGCUCUGAGUCUCAGGGACUGCUUCUACACGUCAUUGCCGGCUCAAUCGGUGUGAAGGCGCAUAUCGUCACCAUCGAUGAGCGCGAGACCGGUCUCCGUAACCUCGUCAACUUCGGCCACACCAUCGGCCACGCCAUCGAGGCUGUCUUGACGCCCGCCAUCCUCCAUGGCGAGUGUGUUGCCAUCGGUAUGGUCUUGGAGGCCGAGGUGGCCCGCUCACUCGGCAAGCUCGGUCAGGUCGCUAUUGGCCGCAUCUCGCGCUGCCUGAAGAGCUACAACCUCCCCGUCAGCGUCAAGGACCCGCGUAUCGCGCGCCUGCCUGCCUCCCGCCUGCUUUCGACACAGCGCUUGCUUGACAUCAUGCGCAUUGACAAGAAGAACUCCGGUCCCCACAAGAAGAUCGUGAUCCUCUCCCGCAUCGGCAAGACGGCUGAGGAGAAGGCUUCCGUCGUCGAGGAUGCAGUCAUUUCGAAGGUGCUCGCCGAGUCGGUCCGCGUAAUUCCUGGCACCCCCGCAAACAACCCUGUACGCAUGGCCACGCCCGGCUCGAAGUCGAUCUCCAACCGCGCUUUCGUGCUAGCAGCCCUCGGUUCGGGCACUUGCCGCCUUACCAACAUGCUCAUCUCGGACGACACGGGCGUCAUGAUGGCUGCGCUCCAAGAUCUGAAGGGCGCAACGUUCGAGUGGGAAGAUGGUGGCGAGACGCUCGUAGUCCACGGUGGCAGCGGCGCUCUCACGGUCCCUCCGGCGGGCAAGGAGCUUUACCUCCAGAACGCCGGUACCGCCGCCCGCUUCCUCACCACUGUCUGCGCGCUCGCUUCUCCCGGCGAGGGCUCGGGCGAGCGUACCGUUGUCACUGGCAACGCUCGCAUGAAGCAACGCCCGAUAGGCCCGCUUGUCGAAUCUCUUCGCACCAACGGCACCGCUGUCGACUACCUCGAGGGCGAGGGCUGCCUGCCGCUUUCCAUUGCACCCAAUGGCCUCAAGGGUGGCCGUAUCGAGCUUGCAGCGAGCGUGUCCAGCCAAUACGUUUCUAGUAUCCUGCUCUGCGCGCCGUACGCCGCCGAGCCCGUCACGCUCGCGCUUACCGGCGGCCAGGUCAUCUCGCAGCCGUACAUCGACAUGACCAUCGCGAUGAUGCGCACCUUCGGCAUCAACGUUGAAAAGGUCGAGGGUGAGGACACGUACAAGAUUCCCAAGGGCACGUACACCAACCCGCCCGCGUACGCCAUCGAGUCCGACGCCUCGUCCGCUACCUACCCGCUCGCCGUCGCCGCCAUCACCGGCACCACGUGCACCGUAUCGAACAUCGGCGCCGCCAGCCUCCAGGGCGAUGCGCGCUUCGCCGUUGACGUGCUCAAGCAUAUGGGGUGCGAGGUGUCUCAGACCGAUAAUGAGACGACUGUUACUGGCCCGCCGCGCGGACAACUGAAGGCGCUUGGACUGGUCGACAUGGAGCCGAUGACCGACGCGUUCUUGACGGCUACGGCACUCGCUGCUGUUGCGACUCUUCCCUGCGAGGCUGGUCGUGAGCUUGAAGGCGAGAGCAGACCGGCGACGCGCAUCAUCGGUAUCGCGAACCAGCGUGUGAAGGAAUGCAACCGCAUCCGUGCGAUGAUCGACGAGCUUGCUAAGUUCGGUGUUGAGACCAAGGAGCUCGACGACGGCCUUGAGAUCUACGGCAAGCCGAUCGAGUCGCUCAAGCAGGGCGUCAAAGUGCACACUUACGAUGACCACCGUGUUGCUAUGGCGUUCUCGGUUCUCGGCACGGUUGUUGGUGGCACCAUCCUCGAGGAGAAGCGCUGCGUUGAGAAGACGUGGCCUAACUGGUGGGAUGACCUCGAGAGCAAGAUUGGUCUCAAGGUUGAGGGUGUCGAGCUCGACGAGGCCGCCUCGCAAUCAUCCGAGACUCGUGACCCCGAGGCGUCCGUCGUUAUCAUCGGUAUGCGCGGUUCCGGGAAGUCAUACAUCGGCAAACUCUCGGCCUCCACCCUGAACUGGCCGUGCAUCGACGCCGACCUCGUCUUCGAGGAGCGCUACGGACAGCCCAUCAAGUCGUUCGUGCACGAGAAGGGCUGGAAAGCCUUCCGCGAUGGCGAGCUCGCGAUCCUCAAGGAGCUUAUCCAGGAAUACCCCAAGCGCACCGUUUUGUCGCUCGGCGGUGGUGUUGUUGAGACGCCGGAAGCGCGCGACGUGCUGAAGGCCUAUGGCUCCCGCGGACCUGUCGUACACAUCAUGCGUCACAUUGACGAGAUCGCUCUCUACCUCGGUGGCGAGGCUUCUCGCCCAGCCUUCGGCGAGCCUAUCCGCGACGUCUGGGCCCGCCGUGCUCCGUGGUUCGCGAACGUUCGCACGCACGAGUUUAUCAACAGGACUGGUUUCCCUCUCCUCGACGGUCCCCAGCUCGAAGCCGGUGAUGCCAUCCUGUCCGAUGGUGCUACUAUGCCGCCUCAGCCGCCGCGCUCGGUCCGCGAGGAGGUGACCCGCUUCUUUGGUCAGGUCACUGGUACAGCGCCGAACCUCGCGCCAAACGUCCUCGCCGGCAAGCGCUCGUACUUCCUGUCGCUCACUUUCCCAGACAUCCGCCCGUACCUCCACCGCCUUGAUGAGCUUGCAACUGGCGCGGACGCCUUUGAGCUUCGCGUCGACCUCCUCCGCACGCGUGAGCAGGUUGAGAAGGGUGUUAAGCACGGCUUCCCGCCGCUCGACUACGUCCGCGAUCAGGUCGCUGCCCUCCGCCGUGAGAGCAGCUUGCCGAUUGUCUACACCAUCCGCUCUGUAUCCCAGAUCGGCUCACACCCGGAUGAGGCCAUCGACGAGGCGUUCGAGCUCAUGGAGCUCGGUCUCCGUCUUGGUGUUGAGUACCUCGACGUCGAGAUCACCUGGCCAAAGGACCGCAUCGCACAACUGCUCAAGCACAAGGGCGCAACCGUCAUCCUCGCCAGCCACCACGACGUCCACGGAAAGAUGAGCUGGACGGGUCCCGAGCCGGAAGCCGUCUACCAGGUCUGCGACAGCAUCGGUGAUAUCAUCAAGAUCGUCGGCCUUGCGCGAACGCUUGAGGACAACCUGGCCCUCAACACCUUUGUCGAGAAGAAGACGUCCGUGCCGGGCGCCAAACCCUUCCUCGCGAUUAACAUGGGCGUCGCUGGCCAGCUCUCGCGCACUCUCAACAAGGUCUUCUCGCCCAUCACGCACCCGCUCAUGCCGUUCAAGGCUGCGCCGGGACAGAUGACGUUCAAUGAGAUCCAGCGCUCGCUCGCGCUCAUGGGCUGUGUUCCGCCCAAGCGGUUUUUUCUCUUCGGAAACAUCACCCACAGCAUGAGUCCAACGAUCCACAACACGGCGUUUGAGCUCCUCGGCAUGCCGCACCACUACGAGGUCAUCGCGACGGAUGAGCUCGAUGAGCGUGUUAAGGCCGCUCUCGCGCGCCCCGACUUCGGCGGCGCCAGCGUGACCAUCCCGUACAAGCGUGAGAUCAUGCCGUUCCUCCAGGAGCUCUCGCACACCGCGCAGAUCAUCGGCGCCGUGAACACCAUCUACCCCGUCACCCUCGCCGACGGCUCGCGUGGUCUCAAGGGUGACAACACCGACUGGCUCGGCAUCCGCGCCGUCAUCCACGCUCGCCUCCCGCCCGCUGUGCGCACCGUACACACCGCGCUCAUCAUUGGCGCCGGUGGUACCGCCCGCGCUGCUAUCUACACUCUCCACGCUAUGGGCGCCGAGCGGAUCUACCUGUACAACCGCUCUCGCGGCCGGGCCGAGACGCUCAUCGACGCUAUCCCCGGCGCCAAGGUCAUUCUGCUCGAGAAGCUUGGUGAGUGGCCCGGUGAGCCACCCAGUGUCGUCGUUGGCACCGUCCCGGCCGAGGCGACGAAACUCGACGAUGGUGCGACCCACGCGACGGACACGCGCAUCGUGCUCCCGUCAACGCUCUUCCGUCCUGAGGGUGGUGUGGUCGUCGACAUGGCGUACAAGCCCGCGCAGACGCCUCUACUCCGCGUCGCGCGCACGCAGCCGACCUGGAAGCCGGUGCUUGGUGUCGAGGUGCUGCUCGAGCAGGCAUACGCGCAGUUCAUGCACUGGACGGACCGUCGCGUACCUCGCGAGCCUGUUGCAAAGACGGUGUGGAAGAAGUACCACGAGCAGCAGUAG